CGGACCAUCACAUCCCUCUCUCUUUCUCUCUCUCUCUCCGAAGAGAAUCUAGGGUUUGUUUUGAACAGUGAAUCUUUUGCAUCAGCUGGUGGUGGGUUCCAUCUGAGGUUUCUUAUCCUAUCAUAGUAAAAAGAGGGCAUAUUAUAUUCUGUUAGCAUGGCGACAGAAAGUCCAAUCAGAAUGUCCGAAACUAGUGGAAAAUGGGCUUCCCAUAAGAAGGCUGCAAAAAUUGCACCAUCCUCUGCUAAUAUGGCAGCAGAGGAGUUGAAAUUGCUUCUGAGGGGCCAUAGGCUACAUAGCAGCGAAAAUGAUGCUUCCCCUAAUCGAAGUGGAAGUGCACCCCCGACCAUGGAGGGUUCGUUUUUAUCCAUUGAUAACCUUCUAUCCCAGCAGCACUCUAGCACGACUGGAAGCUUGGCAAGUCUAAGUAGUGUUAUUGAAAGGUGUGAAUCUGAGGAACAAUUACUUGCUGAUCCAGCUUAUUUGGCAUAUUACUGUGCCAAUGUCAAUCUUAAUCCUAGACUUCCUCCUCCACUUAUCUCGUGGGAGAAUAGACGCCUGGUACGCCAUAUUGGUAGUUUCAGCCAGAAUUGGGGACCUGUAGAUGACAGUGGUAAUGCUCCUUUGCAUGUGUCUCAGGGAUCACUUCCUACACACAAGGAAGAAUCUGAGGAUGACCAGUCACCCAAACAGGUUUCUAGUGAUUGGGUAGAUCAGACAAGCCAAAUUUGGUCUGAAGAGGAUGCAGCUUCAUUGGUAGGCCAACACAAAAAUGCGGGUGAUUUAAUACAGGAAGAUUUUGGUGGCUCUCCACAACCUGUAUAUAAUCACUCUCGUACCUUAGGCAAUGAAAUACCUGAGGAAUUCAUUGAUCAAAGACCUGUUUCCAGUUCCUUGCAUGAUCCCCCUAUUAAUGUGACAGCUGCCAUUAGGACCACCAUGGUUGCAACUUCUGCAGAUAAUACAGUACUUUCACUAAAUGAUGAUUCCUCACCAGCCCCUAUUGCAAGUUCUUCAUCUCUUGAUUUUACCAGGACUACAGGGAUUAAUGAUGCUGGUGUUGCAGUUAUUGAAUCUGAAAUGAAGGCUCUUAAUGUAUCUAACAUGCUAGAGAAUAAAAAAAAUCAAGAACAAUGGCAGCGCAGCUACCAGAAUCAUUUUCCGCAACACCAGAUACACCAACAACAAAACAGUUUAUCUCAACUUCAAAGUGGCAAGUCCCAAAUAGCUUCCCAAGGAGCAUACGUUGGCAUGGAUCAGUAUCUCCAUAGCACCACCAAGUUUGCAGCGGAUGUACAGCCAUUACUCCAGACAUCUGGGUUCACACCUCCACUAUAUGCAACUGCAGCAGCCUACAUGAGUUCAGCUAAUCCAUAUUAUUCAAAUUUUCAGGCACCGGGCGUUUUUCCUCCACAAUAUGUAGGUGGAUAUGCUUUAAACCCCACUGGCUUUCCUCCGUAUAUUGGUGGAUACCAUCCUCCAGGUGCUGUUCCUGUUGUUGUUGAUGGAACUGUUGGUCCAAGCUUUAAUGCUCAUACAUCUGGGGUUGCUAAUGGUGGCAGCAUUUCACCUGGUGCUGAUAUGCAACAUUUAAGUAAGUUCUAUGGGCAACUUGGCUUUCCACUGCAAACUUCUUUUUCCGAUCCUAUGUACAUGCAGUACCAUCAACAACCUUUUGUGGAGUCAUAUGGUGUUUCUAGCCAAUUUGAUUCAUUGGCAUCUAGAGGUGGCCUUGACUCAAAGAAAGUGUCCAAUCAUGCUACUUAUUUGGAUGACCACAAAAUCCAACAACAGAGAAAUGGAAGCCUGGGGAAUUUGAACCCACAAAGAGGAGGGCCAGUGAGUCCCAACUAUUUUGGAAGUGCACCAAAUGUUGGUAUUUUGAUGCAGUAUCCAACCUCACCCCUUAGUGGUCCAGUGUUGCCAGUAUCCCCCAUAAGUUCAGGUAGAAAUACUGGCUUGUAUUCCGGAUGGCCAGGGCAAAGAGGCUUUGAUAGUUUUGAUGACCCCAAGAUUUAUAAUUUCCUUGAAGAGUUGAAAUCUGGAAAAGGCCGCAAAUUUGAGCUGUCUGACAUCACAGGACAUAUUGUUGAAUUCAGUGCUGAUCAACAUGGGAGUCGAUUUAUUCAGCAGAAGUUGGAAAACUGUAGUGCUGAAGAGAAGGCUUCUGUAUUCAAAGAAGUUCUCCCACAUGCUUCUAAACUAAUGACUGAUGUUUUCGGUAACUAUGUGAUUCAGAAGUUUUUUGAGUAUGGAAGCUCUCAGCAGAGGAAGGAACUUGCCAAACAACUUUCAGGUCAAAUUCUUCCUUUAAGUUUGCAGAUGUAUGGCUGUCGUGUAAUCCAAAAGGCACUUGAGGUUAUCGAGAUUGAACAGAAAGUACAGCUUGUACAUGAACUGGAUGGACAUGUUAUGAGAUGUGUUCGUGAUCAAAAUGGAAACCAUGUCAUACAAAAGUGCAUUGAGAGCAUUCCGACAGAAAAAAUUGGGUUUAUAAUAUCUGCUUUCCAUGGUCAAGUUGCAACACUUUCAAUGCACCCUUAUGGUUGUCGUGUUAUACAGAGAGUUCUGGAGCAUUGUACAGAUGAGCUGCAAUGCCAGUUUAUAGUUGAUGAGAUCUUGGAGUCUGUUUGUGCUCUUGCCCAGGACCAGUAUGGCAAUUAUGUAACCCAGCAUGUAUUAGAGAGGGGAAAACCUCAUGAAAGAAGCCAAAUUAUAAGCAAGUUGUCGGGUCAUAUUGUACAGCUGAGCCAACACAAGUUUGCUUCAAAUGUUGUUGAGAAAUGCUUGGAGUAUGGUGGUGCUGCAGAACGGGAACGGUUAGUUAGGGAGAUUGUUGGGCACAAUGAAGGAAAUGAGAAUUUGUUGGUAAUGAUGAAGGACCAAUUUGCAAAUUAUGUGAUCCAGAAGGCUCUUGAAAUCUGUACUGAUAGUCAGCGGGUGAUAUUAAUUAAUCGUAUAAGGGCUCAUACUCAUGCAUUGAAGAAGUACACUUAUGGGAAACACAUUGUGUCUCGGUUUGAGCAGCUUUUUGGAGAAGAAAAUCAAUCAGGAUCGUGAUGCCAACAAAGGGAAUUAAACAAGAAUUUACUUUCAGUGAAUCUGUGGUUUGUCAAAGCAUGCAGGUAAUGUGCAUCCCCCUGGCAAUUGAAGAGAAUGGCAUGAGAUUGUGGCUGUGCCGCCUCAGUAUGUGCGAAGUUGUCAUGUGCAAUUCGAUAAGAGAGGGUUGAUGUGGGUCGGGUUGAUAGUUGCAAGUAAAUAUCUGUUUAUCGUCAAGCAAUAUAUACUUAAAUACUUUUAGGAUGAUUUGAUUGCAAUACAACUCAAUUGGAUGGAGUAAUUGGUAGGAAAACCUUGGUGCUGUAAAUUUAUGUAGCACAUUAUUCAGAUGUGUGGCUUUCAUGAUAAGUUGUAGGCCUUGAUCUUUUUUCUUUU